AGGGCAACUCAUGGGCCUCCCGCCAUGGUCUCUUAUCUCCAGUUCUUGCCGAAGCGGCCUGUAUCUUUCGCAAACCAACACACGUCUCCCCCACUCGUUCGGAACCAGUAGUGCGUGGCACAACCGGUGAGAAAUACUGUCGAGGAGAGAUUUGAAACUGCAAAUUUCUAUAUUGCCCUUCUCAACAUGAGUCACUUGCUGCUUGCCAUUCUCGCUGCGAUGUCUGCUCUUGUUGCAGGCGACUGCCCGCUGCCGUACGAGCCGCUGGACGACACCCGCUGCAUUUUCGUGGACCCUUUCGUGACCUACACAUGGCAAGAGGCAGUCGACCACUGCAAGGUCCACGCCGGCACCCUCCUCUCCUUCAGCGACUGCGAGACGUCGGCGCUCAUAUAUGACUAUCUACGGAGCCAAGAUGCCACCAGCAACAAGAACUACUGGAUUGGCGCCACGGAUCAGGCCGAGGAGGGUGUCUGGAAGUUCACAGAUGGCAGCCUGGCACCGAUGGGAGUGCCAUUCUGGGGACCCGCUGAACCCAACAAUGGUGCCACCUACAACUGUGCCUUCAUGCAACACAAUAAUAAUCACUACUGGUACGACUUUACCUGCACAAGCAAACUUUAUUCCAUUUGUCUUAAAGAUGCAUAAUUUCACACUAUUUGUGAACAUGUGGAAUAAACAUGCAUUGUGAUGAA